AACCCCGAACCCUCAACCCCUGGAAUUCGCCCCUCACAGCUCACCGCCAUUCCUGCUGCUAGCCCACACGGUGCUACGACGGAACUGCGGACGAAGCAACCGUUACGUGCCGUUCCGUGAAUCUUUUCACCCCGUCAUUUCUAAAUUGGCCCAAAAAAGCGGCCAUCGCCAAUAGCUGCACACUGCACUGCGUCGUUUUCGACCUCGUUCUCCUCCUCGACGCGAUUCUUGGAGAACGAGGCGCUUUCGCGGCGACGCGACGACUGAUCGAGCGAGCAGGUGACUGAGCUAGGGAUAGGCGAAGUCGCACGCCAUGGAUGCGCGACCAGUGGUCGCGGUCGUGGGCGCGGGAAUGGCGGGCGUGACUGCAGCACACACGCUGCAGCAAUCGGGGUGUGUGCGGGUGCUGUUGCUGGAGGCGAGUGACAGAGUGGGAGGCCGCAUCCACACUGCCACACUCGGGGGCGACCUGGUGGAGCUGGGUGCCAAUUGGAUCCACGGCAUUCACGGCAGCCCCCUCUACGCUAUAGCACAGGAGCAAGGCCUGCUGCACACCCGUGGCAGCCGUAGCACCCAUAGCACUCUUAGCCAGGAAGACGGUGCUACCGGGGAGAAGACUGAUGGCUUGGAAAGCAAUGGCUGCACGAAAGGGGGUGUUGAGGCGCCUGGAAAGGCCCAGGAGAGGCUGUGGAAGGGGGGGAAUCGGUGGAGGAGCGAGGGCGGGGGGGAGGUGGAUGCUGGGGUGGAGCGGGAGGUGAAGCGCGUGUUCAGGCGGCUUCUGAGGGAGGCGCAACUGGUGGGGUCGCGGGCUGGCAAGGGGACGCAGGGGCAGCAGUGCUACGUGGACAAGACUGGGAAAGAGGUGACGUUAGACGCGAGUGUGGGGCAGCACAUCCAUGAUGGCAUGCUGGAGUAUCUCUCUAAAAGGGGGUGGAGCAACACGGAAACGAAGCUGGAGCAGCGGCAUGAGCAGGAGCAAGGCAAUCACGGCAGUGGCAGAACCGGCAGCAGUGGCUGUGACAGGGAUGACAGCGAGGAGGACAGCGAGGACGAGGAUGAGGAGGACGACGAGGACAGGUGGGAGGAUGACUGGACAGGAGCCACAGUGCUGUGCAAUGCUGGAGACUCUGCCGUCGCCUUCCAAGACUGUGCCAGUGCCAGCGCCGGUCCAUCUGUCGUGGCCACAACGACAGCAGUGGUGGCAACUGAGUUACCAGCAGCAGACGUCGCUGCAAUAGCAGCAGCAGGAAUGACAGAACCCGCAGCACCAUUAUCACCACCACCAACAGCAGCAGCAGCAGCAGCAGCAGCAGCAGCACAAUCAACAUCAGCAGCAGCCGAGAGCAGCAAGGAGGCGAUCGACUGGGCAGACGAGGCAGUGAGGGCGCGGGUGGCGGUGCUGCAGCAGAGGGAGCGGCUGGAGUGCACCAUCAGCGCAUGCCACUCCGUGCACGACCUCUCGCUGCGCUACUUUGGCGAGUACGAGGAGUACGGCGGCCCGCAUGUCACCAUCGCCAAGGGCUACUCCCGCAUUGUAGAGCACCUAGCAUCCAUCCUCCCCCCCGGCGCCAUCCAAUUCAACGCCCUCGUCUCGCAGAUCCAGUGGACUCCUCUUAGCACUCCCUCUCCCAGCAAAGUGGAGGAACUUUAUGCAGCAGCAGGAGCAGCAGAGGCCACAACAGAGUCAGCAGCAGAAGCUGCAGCAUCCCUCUUAAAGCACGAGGACGAAGAUGAGGGGAAGAGGAAGCCGGUGUGUGUAGUGUUGGAGGGAGGGGAGAAGAUCCACGUGGACCAUGUGAUUGUAACGGUGUCUCUGGGGGUGCUUAAAGAGAGGGCUGCUGGCGAAGAUGCCAACUCCCUGCCCGAGCGAAAUAUUUUCUGCCCGCCGCUGCCUGAGAACAAGCUGCGCGCGAUUCGCCGUCUUGGCUUCGGGGUAGCUGACAAAGUGUUUCUGGAGUUUCCAAAGACGGCCAUAUUUGGGCCGGACACAGCAGAGCUGGAGAUAGUGUGGGACGCUCCAGCCCAACCCCUUGCUCCUCCUACGCACUGGCCUGGCCCCUGGUGGGAGUCAGAUUCUGCUGCCACCGCCGCUGCUGCUGCUGGGGCUGCUGCCGCUGCUCCUUCGGCUGACGGUGAUGAGCCAUUGCCUCAAGCAUCAAACUCCUCCCGCUUCCCUGCGUGGACGCGCAAGCUAUUCUCCUUCCACCCUGUCAAUGCGCAGUCACGCGUGGUGCUCGCCUGGAUAGCGGGCAAAGAGGCAUAUGACAUGGAGUCAUGGGAAGGGGAGGGGGGCGAGGGGAAUACCUGUAGCCACACUGCGGCUAAUGCGGAUGCCUCUGCAGAUGCUGCUCAGGGCAAUGGUGGUAGUAGUAGCCCAGUCCCAGUCCCCUCCACAGCCACCUCCUCCUCCACUCCCCCUCGCUUCAACCACGCUCUCUGCAACGUCAUCCGCCAUUUCCUCCCAGGGGAAACUGCAGCACUGCUCCCGGAGGCAGUUGCUGGGCUGCGCUCGCGGUGGGGGUCGAGCCCGCUGUUCCGGGGGUCGUACUCGUUCGUGGCCCCAGGGAGCUCUGGAGAGGACUUGGAGAUCAUGGCUCUGCCUGUUCCUGGUGGGUGUGGUUUUGGCCCUGCGGGGUGCGGGCCUGGUGAGUCUGGCACUGACAAGGCUAGAGGGGCAGCACCAGAUGUUGAAGAAGCAGGUGCAGAGGCACCAACUGCUGCCUGCACAGGGCCAGCAGCAGCAGCAGCAGCAGCAGAGCUACAGGUGUUGUUUGCAGGGGAGGCCACGGAGCGGCAUCACUACUCCAACACGCACGGGGCGUACCUCUCAGGCAUCAGAGAAGCAAAGCGCCUCAUAGCACUCUACAAGCAGGGCUAGUUACCAGGCAAGAGGUACAGAACAGAAGACAUGCAAAAUGAGCAAAGAGAUGCUGUGUGGACCAUUCAGAUCAGAUCUUUCAGGGAGGUUAUUCUUCAGCAGUGCAGUGCAGUGCAGUGCAGUGCAGUGCAGUGCAGUGCAGCGCAGUGCAGUGCAGCGCAGUACGGCGCGGUGCAGUGCAGUGCAGUGCAGUGCAGCGCAGUACGGCGCGGUGCAGUGCAGUGCAGUGCAGUGCAGCGCAGUACGGCGCGGUGCAGUGCAGUGCCCAUCAUCUAGCAGGUAUGACUGGUUGGUUCGUUUGGAACUUGUACAUGUGCCAGGGGAUGAGGUACUUC